AUGGAACGAAAGUCAGGAAAACCCCGACGGCAAUUGCCCAGCCGGCGAAAGGAGCUGAGCUCGGCCGAUGACAUUGCGCCAUUUUCGAUUGCGCUGAGUUCACUGGAUAUUCCCCUGACCCCGGCGGGCGAAGCCCGCCGAAGCUACACAACUUCAACUUCGAUUUUCCCUCACUUUCGCUCUCCUCCACUCCACUCGUCCGUCAGGUUCAAUGCUCGAUUCGAUCUCCUUUUUGCAUCAACUUUACUCAUAAUCGAACAACGCGCUACAGGAGAUGACCUGAACGCUCAUGUUUACCGACCUUGCCAACUCAUCGUUAGCAAUCUCGCUUACUAGACAUUAAUGACUAUUCCACCCAUCACCGAGACCGGAUGGUAGGACUAUCGGCCCGAUAACACCAAAUUACAACUACUGGGCUUCCCCAUUAUACACAAACAUAGCACAGGCUUCCCCAAUCAACAUCAACUCUUCUGUGUUGUACUUGGUUUGAUCGCUAAUCUUUAUUUGUUUUUUUUUUAUCUUUUUCUCUCAUGUAUUAUGUUUUAACCUUAGUUACACACUGUAUUGAAACCAUCAUUGCGAUCCAUGUGAAUCUUGAGUGUUCUGAAAGCUGGAAUGAUAGCAUUACCAGAAAAAUAAGAAAACAGCAGAAUACAAGGCCAAAAA